AUGGCCACACUCCGGCCAGUUGAGAAGGUCGUGCAGGGGCAAAAGAUGAUGGAGGGCGCGGGAGUGCGCAUCUGCCGCACGGUGGGCACCGGGGCCCAGCGCAAUCUGGACCCGUUUCUGAUGCUGGACGAGCUGCGGAUGCCGGCGGCGGAGGCCAGCGCGGGCUUCCCCUCCCACCCUCACCGCGGCUUUGAGACGUGCUCCAUUAUGUUCACAGGGAAGAUGGAGCACCAGGACUCCGUCGGCAACAAGGGCGUGAUAGAGGACGGGGGCGUGCAGUGGAUGACGGCUGGGCGUGGCAUAAUCCAUAGCGAGAUGCCCAAGGUGACCGCGGGGGACCUCUGGGGCUUCCAGCUCUGGCUCAACCUGCCCGCCAAGGACAAGAUGGUCAAGCCCAGGUACCAGGAUUACCAGGCAAAGGACAUACCUGUGAUGGAGAGGGAUGGAGCGCGCGUGCGAGUCAUGGCCGGUGAGUCAUCGGGCGCCACCGGGCCCAUUGCCCUGCGCAACCCAGGGAUGCUGCUGGACGUCACCCUGGCAAAAGGCGCGUCCUUCACCCAGCAGAUUGACAGCGGUUGGAACGGCUUUGUUUAUGUGUGCGAUGGAGCCGGCAAGGUCUCUGGUACCAAGGCAAAGCGCGAGCAGGAGGAGAUAUACCAGGCGUUCAGGGACUACGACUCUGGCAACUUCCAGAACCCAAACGAUGAUGUCUGGGCUGCAGCAUAA